CAAAUCCAGAGAUCCACUGUCAGAUGCACAUCGCAGACUAGAUAUUGCUCACCAUGAUGUCAGCGCUCGCAUUUUCAAAACACAUUUGUGGAGAUUUUGAGCUGCCGGGGAACCGGCUAGUGGUGUUUUUGGUUUCAGAUCAUCCACAGCAGACGGACUCUAUAACGUACAUUGAAAAAUAAAAUGAAGCUCUGGAUACUUGCUGCUUCUUCGUCACCCUCAAUGAGUGGUGCGCAAUGGAUAUUGGGGAUGUAUGUCCUUCUUUUUCAUCACAUGAUUAUCGAUUAAGUCCCUCGGACCCAACCCCAGGAUCGCCAAUAGGCAUCAUUCUUGGAUAGAGUGGACCAAUCAGCGAUCGCCUUUGAUGAAUAUUCAUGAAUCCCUGAUUCAAACCUUUGAGCGAGUUUGUCUAGACCACUGCAUCAUGCCUAGACUUUUCACAGAGACAAACUACAUUUUCUUAUGAAUGGGAAGAGAAAAAAUCAGUACAGCUUAAAUUGGGAUCCAUCCUUCACUGAGAUCAUAGAAGAAAACAAAAAAGGAAGAGGAGAGAUCCGCCAGAAGAGAUGACAAUGACUACAAUACCAGAAAGUCUUAAUAGCCCUGUCUCAGGAAAAACCGUUUUCAUGGAAUUUGGGCCACCGAGUCAACAAAUGUCGCCUUCCUCAAUGUCUCACGGACACUAUUCCAUGCACUGUUUACAUUCUGCGGGUCAUACUCAACACGAGAGCUCGUACAGUCCAGCCUCAUCAUUUCCUAGAUCUUUAGGUUAUCCAUACGUAAACUCCGUCGGCAGCCAUUCCUCAAGUCCAUAUCUCAGUACAGUGCAAUCGUAUCAAAACAACUCGGCACUAACACAGACACGGUUAGAAGAUACAGCACCAGAGACAGAGAAGAACACAGUUGUAGAAGGCGGAGAGGUGCGGUUCAAUGGGAAAGGGAAAAAGAUUCGCAAACCAAGGACUAUCUAUUCCAGUUUGCAGCUACAAACUCUAAACAGAAGAUUUCAACAAACUCAAUAUUUGGCACUGCCAGAGAGAGCCGAGCUCGCAGCUUCGAUGGGACUCACGCAAACACAGGUAAAGAUUUGGUUUCAGAAUAAGCGAUCGAAGUUCAAGAAACUGAUGAAGCAAGGUGGUGGCACAAUUGACACAAACACUUUAGCCCAAUUUAAUGGUCACGGACCUACGACUGGAUCUCCGGUAGCACCGGUUUGGAGCUCACCGACCACCGUGAAAACAUCCGUGGGUACACCAGGGUCUUACAUUCCAAGUUACACCUCAUGGUAUCCAACUGCACACCAAGAGUCUAUGCAGCAACCGCAACUCAUGUGAACAUAACUGUGAGCUGAUAGACCUGCCCCGCCCUCUGUACUGCCAUGGCCCAUAUCAGGAGAUUUUGGGUCCACCACCCAGCGUGGCCUUUUACUGGCCCGCUGCAGCCAUGCACAGAUGUAAUCCGGAGUUUGCUCUCAAAGUUGCCAACUGACAUAUUGACCUCUUCAUACCAAACGACGGCACAGAGAAUAGCCUGAGAGCCGAGAGACUGAAAAAGCACUGUCUGCGCCCAAGGGCAAGAAGUCCUUUCAUGUCCACGACAGAUACCGGAAAUUGUUUUGACAAAUGGGUUCUCAAGCUGCUGUUAUUAUCUUUUGUCACAUUUUAAUAGGCUAUGUGUUAGACUAAAUAUAUUGAGCUGUAACAAGUCAGUGAGAGUAUAUUUACGUAUCCUAUGUUUGAUUUUAAGAUUGGCUACAUUUCUUAUCCCAAUGAUGAUCAAAAUAGGCCUAUAAGCCGCGUGUUACCAAGGCCUAUCAGAUGUAGGUCAACAUGGUGAUUUGACCAUGACCUUAAAACCUAGCAUUUAAACAUACAAAAACCCCAUUGGUCUAUAAUAUAACUUUGACCAACAAAUGUAGGCCAAUCCAAUUAAUAAUUUCAAAAAUAGUCUCAUCAUUUUAAUGGGCAUGGAAUCGAAUCUUCAGUCCGUUCCUUAGUUUUCACAGCCCGAGUUGCACGCGCCCUUGCGCAAAGCUACCAUGCUGUUUUUGUGUGUUAAUUUAAGUUAAAUUAUUUCGUUUUUUUCUAUGUCUGUAUCUUUAUUUAAUAUGCAGUGUGUUUGACUUAUGAAACGACAACAACGUGUUGUUAAUGCUGCACUGAUGCAAGCAAAACUCCUCUUCUACGACGGAGCCCCAAACCAUAUGUUAAAAAGUUGAAAUGAAGAUUGGCUGCUUGAGAAGAGCAUUAAGGUGAUCACGAUGAUAAAGAUAUGGUUUGUCAUUGUUUGUUAUGUGUUGAGCGGGUGGAUGUACAUAAUAAGGACAAGAUAAUAGGCAUUUUUCAGCUUUGGUUUGUGCUGUAAACGAUAUGUUGUGAAAUAGGAUUUUUAUGUGUUCAUUAAGAUGAAUGUGUUUAGCAGUCUAGAAAUAUUUAGUUUUGUAUUGAUCACUUUAAUUUAUUGCUUUGUUUUAUGAAAGUUAUGUACAUAAUGUUGAAAACAGUAAAACGAUGAUUUAAAAGGCCAGUAUAACGUGUCAGACUCCUUACCGGCUAUGUGUUGUAGGCCACAACUUUCUAAUUUCCAUAUAAGUCCAUGUAGGCCAGGGAUAUGACUUAUAUUUAAAACUAAUACAGAGGUACAAUGUGAUCAAAUAAAGCCUAUAUGGUUAUUCAUUUUCAUUAGUCUACAAUGUGCAGCAUUGGCCGUAUAGCCUACACGUGAUUACGCAUAGGCGUUCAGCAUUUCUACAUUUUAGGCCCUGGGAUAGGCCUAUCAGUUUUUCAUAAUCACUUACUGUGAGUGCUGUAUAUAGCCAUGCUGGAGACUUGUCAAUUCAGACCUGACCCGAUUAAUUAUGUGUCAGUUUCUAUAACAUUGUAAUUCCUUCAACAAUAUAGCGCUUGUUUCUUCUCAGUUUCAUUUAGCCGCUAUAAGCUCCUUUCUAGUCUUCUGUGGUUCCAACAAACACCGUUUUCAUCGAUGAAUAGAGGAGAGAGCAAUGGUGUGUGUUAAGUGAAUAAUUGGGCGAGAGGCAGGUGCUGCAAAAAGACUGGUUGGUCGAGGAGGUGGGGGGAGUUUAAAUGUAGAUAAGUAAAAGUGAAAAGUUCAAAGGGGCUCUUGUUUGGGUUUGAUGGUUUAACUGCGCUUUUACAGAAAAUUCUGAAGCACCCGAUGAGCUGAGGAAAGGACCAAUUGAGUGAAAACACUACAGGCCUACGGUAGACAAUAGACUGCCAAUAUCAUCCCCUGCAGCACCAUGCAGAUAUACACCCAUUCCAGACGUCCAUUUCAUAAAUACAAGG